GCUGCCUCUUAUAAGAGGGCGCGGCGGAGGCCACUGAUCCUCCGCAGCCCGCUGUCCGCCUGCUUCUCAACUCGAGCCGUUUGAAGUCAGCAUGAGGGAGAUCGUGCACAUCCAGGCCGGCCAGUGCGGCAACCAGAUAGGGGCCAAGUUCUGGGAGGUCAUCAGUGAUGAGCAUGGCAUAGACCCCAGUGGCAACUACGUGGGGGACUCAGACCUGCAGCUGGAGCGCAUCAGCGUGUACUACAAUGAGGCCUCCUCUCACAAGUAUGUGCCCAGAGCCAUUCUGGUGGACCUGGAACCUGGAACCAUGGAUAGCGUGCGGUCUGGGGCCUUUGGACACCUAUUCAGGCCUGACAACUUUAUCUUUGGUCAGAGUGGCGCUGGCAACAACUGGGCCAAAGGGCACUAUACUGAGGGCGCGGAGCUGGUGGACUCGGUCCUGGAUGUCGUGAGGAAGGAGUGUGAGAACUGUGACUGUCUGCAGGGCUUCCAGCUGACACACUCACUGGGUGGGGGUACAGGCUCGGGCAUGGGCACCCUGCUCAUCAGUAAGGUGCGUGAGGAGUACCCUGACCGCAUCAUGAACACCUUCAGCGUGGUGCCCUCACCCAAAGUGUCGGACACUGUGGUGGAGCCCUACAAUGCCACCCUGUCCAUCCACCAGCUAGUGGAGAACACAGAUGAGACCUACUGUAUCGACAACGAGGCCCUCUAUGACAUCUGCUUCCGUACCCUCAAGUUGGCCACACCCACCUAG